AUGGCCGAGCUUUUGCCUGCUAGCGGAGCUCCCGCCUCGACGAACGGCGCUGACAUGUCGUCUCCGCGUCGCCCCACAGCCGGACCAGCGCCCACCGGCUCUCCGUCCGGCAUCAGGGGUCCUAGGAUGAUCAUGCAGGAGCGGGCUGCCCGAGAGGCGCGGCAAAGAGCAGAAGCUGAGAAGCUCGCCCUGGAGCGCACGAGAGCUGAGCAGGAGGCGCGUCUUUUGGAGGAGACCCAGCGAAGGAACUCGGAACGUCGAUCUGCUGGCGUUGCUGCAGCCCAAAGCAGUGGCACCGAUACCCAACAACCAGCCGACCCUCGGCACCAAGCCCAGGCAGUACCAGAACCGGCCCCGACCCGUCGUGUAUCUGCGUCGGCAUCGAGGCCGGCUCCCCAACAGCGUCCCGCGCAGCCGAGCCACUCACAGGUGCAAUCGCAGAGCUAUACCGCGACGGCUGGUCAGCAAACCCAGCAGCCGGGUAUCGCACAGCAGCCUAGCAACCCCCCGACCCAGCCUGUCGAUGCCAAGCCUCGGAAUUCGUUCCCGCACGCCUUUGAACGGUGGGAAACUCUUUCUGCCCACUGGGAGGGCUUGACGAGCUACUGGAUCCGCAAGCUCGAGCAAAACAAGGACGAAGUAAACCGUGACCCGCUGAGCCAGCAGCUUGCCCGUCAGGUCACCGACCUCUCGGCCGCAGGCGCCAAUCUUUUCCACGCCGUGGUGGAGCUGCAGCGACUUCGGGCCAGCUCGGAGCGGAAGUUCCAGCGGUGGUUCUUCGAGACGAGAGCUGAGCUUGAGCGCGCACAGGAGGUCAAUGCUAUGUUGGACGCUGCUUUGCAAAAGGAGAGACGGGACCGCGCCGAAGCGAUCCGCGACGCCAUUGACCAGGAAAAAGGAUCGUCCAAGAUACAAAAGCAGCUCGCCGAGAUGCGCAAAGAGCUUGCCAUUUCCAAAGAGGAGGCCCGGAGGGCCUGGGAGGAGCUUGGCCGCCGCGAGCAGGAGGAGCGCGACAGGACGUACUCUCUUCAGACGGGACAGCCGACCAUUGUAGGCGGCGUGCAAGUCGUGCCCAUGACGCAGGGUGCCCCAAGCCGGCAGCCCACGAUGAGGGACCCGAGCUACCAGCAAGAAUACAGCCAGGGCUACCCCGAGCAUAGCCAGGCGCCCGCCCAGACGUCGCCGCCCACGACGACCGCCGGCGGUGGCAGCAGCUAUUACCCUCCGGAGCGGAGCCGCGGGCACUCAGCAGGCCACACGCGUCGCGAGUCAGAAGGCGGCUACAGCGAAGGUGAGUACGUCAUCGACGCCGCCGGGAACUUUAUCCUCGACGUGCAUGGCAACAAGAUUCCCUUCGCUGCGCCGCCGUCGACGUACUCAGGUUCUGACGCGGAAGCAGAAGAGUACGACACCCCGGCCACGACGAACCCUCCCAGUGGUAGCUACGAGCCGCCGUCGACAUCUGCCGGCGAGGGCCAAUGGACCGGCGCCUACUCCGACCCGCAGGACUACUCAGGCCAGGGGUACGGCACCCCGGGCUGGGAGACGGUUCCCCGCCACCACCAUCCCACGAGGCUGAGCGACGUCAUCGAAGAGGAGGACGAGAGAAGCCGUACGAGCGCAAGCCAGGUCAGUCGAGGCUAG